UGGGAUCUAUUUGCGGAUAAAUCGGACCUUAUACUAAAGACUGAUCCAAAAUUUAAAAAUUGUACAACGCAAGAUCUUAGUAAUUCUCAAAAUGCUCUUAAUGCUGCCUGGGAUUUCUUUACUAAUACUGUUCUCACAUCCGCAAAAAAGCACUUACCUAAACAAACAACCACCUCUCGCCACAAUUCUUUAUUUUC